CAAAAAGCCCAGCCCAGCAGCAAAGCUCCUUAUCCCUCGUCGCAGAGCCCUUCUCAUGCUCCAGCAAACGGCAUACCAUACCAGUCUGGCUUGCUGAGCUUGGCAGCAAUGGUUCCAAUACCGGAGUCCAGCUAUUUCCCAGCUCUGGACAAAUGCCUGACUGGAGACCAGCUCCUCAUCUCCUGGAAGACAGCUGCCUCUGCCAUAUCGUGUGCCGAUGUCUCCCAAAGCGAAGGCAAUUCCACAAUUGAGCAGUUUCUUUCCAAUCCAGAUGUCCUAGAAUUACUAGCUCAUCCAUUUAACGCCUUCCCUGGACCAUCCCAGCAGACCAAGGCUGCUUUCGAAACCAAAACCUCCGCCAUCAAUGUUACCCCUUCAUCGAGCGCACGAUAUGAUAUCAAGGAGAUCAAGGAGGAUGCAUUAUGGCUGAGCAAGGAGGCCACAAUCGACGAAGUCUCGGCGCUGAGGGUGGUAGUUGUGGAGUGGCAGUCCCGCACAUACGCGCAACUUCUUGAUCGUUUUUCAAAUGAGGAACUUGCAGGCAUACGAGAUGCAGCAGGUCAGAGCCAGUCUUCCCUACCAGUGCCAUUAUUAUCCCAAGGAGAGGAUUCAAAAGCCCUGCAGGCAGCCUUUGAGACCAAUGACAGCCGCCAAUUCCGCAUACUUCGUACAUAUCUUUCCGAGAGACUGCAUCUGCUAAAAUGUGCUGAUAUGCUGCUUCAAAAAUAUGUAUACCAGGACGCACAGAAUUCUGGGGAUACUAAAGGCAAAGCACGCGAAGGGGCUGUUUCAAGGCUGAUAGAAAUUGGACAAACCCUGGCUAGAUCGACGCCGGGAGAAUCCGAAAAGUUUAUCCUUGAGUGCAUUAAAGGCGUCGAAACCAGUCUCAAAAACGCCGAGACUGGAAGUGGGUGGUAUAAGGAGAAGGGCGGGCGAGAAGAACUCGAGAUCGAGUGGAUCAACAAUCAGAUCACGGAAGCAACGCUCACAAUGGAGAUCAUAUUUCAAACUCUUGACAUUUCAGAAGCUAUCGCCUCAUCCAACACGGUCCUUGCGUGGCUUGGCCUCGUUACCAAGUAUGGAUUUUUUGAUGGUUUUGCUACCGAUGAAUUAUCCACCCAAGCUUUGAUCUCACCAUUGCAAUCAAUCACUGCAAUCAUCUCCGUAUCAAUUUUGAGUGUUGGAAUCUGCCUCGACUACAUACAGAAUCCACCACCAGACGUUAACCCGUCUCCUGAUGCACCAAAUGAUGCCCCUUACAUACUAAAUUCCACAAUAAUCCCUCAGAUACACAAUAUGUUGAUGGAUAUAGCAGACAACCUACCUGUGAAUGCGGGGCCUCUAGUCCUUGGUUGGAGCGUUAUCCUACAGGGGAUAAGAUUGCGGGUUGACGACACCAGACUUAGCCAAGAGGGAUAUGACGAAGAGCUCCUUCGCAUUGAUCGUCGGUCAUCCGACACAAGCCAGAGUUUGUUGAUUCGUGACCCGUACGAGGACGCUGUGACGGAGAUCAAUAAAGGUCCUGCAGAAGAUCCUAUUCAACUUCUUGCGCUGGCUGCUGUGAAUGGGAGCCGUGUUUUCGAGGUCCUAGCUGAUCUUGGUUUGCGGCUUGGGGAUACUUCACACGCCUAUUUCUCGAAUACAGUUGGUGCAAAAAUGCGGAUGGUCAUCUUAGAUCUCAUACGGGGCAGUAGUGCUGUCGGGUACAUUCCGGAGGUUGUAUCAGCCGCUUUGUCAGCUCUUACUGGUGGUCAGAACUAUUGGGAUUUGGCAGAUGCGCGACAACUUCGGAAGGAUAAUGACCCUCUGUUCAUGUUUCUUGAUGAUGAAGAGCUGGUUUCGACUCUUCUCAUAUCUGCCAGGGCAAGGUACCCCUUCGAGUCUUUGCCUUUUCUAAAGAUUGUCCGCGCACUCGCAGCAUGUACAACUUGUUACGGCGGGGAGGAUUCCAAAUCAGUAAUCGAUUUCCUGGAGAAGAUCCCCUCUUUCACACAUGUCCUCCCUGCCGACUUUUCAGCAUACGAGACAACGCAGGAAGAGGAUAAUAAUAACUCUAUUCGACUUACAACACCGUUUCAACUCUUCGAGCCUCGAAUGAAGACGCUAAUGGGCCUACAAGAUCAAUCAUCGCUCUGGAAAAUGGAUCAAGACUUCUGUAUCCCAGCUGGAACUUACGGUCGAAUGGUGUCCGAGUCUAGACCAAAAGUAGCGUAUUGGUUUCAUGAAUACUCUGGGUUUAAAUACCUUGGGAAACUAUUAGAGACCUACUUGAGCGCUGGAGACCAACUCGAUACCACAACUGGCGAUAUGGCUGAUAGCGAUUCGGUCGCUGAGAUCAUUGGACUAUUUGCCACCCUACUCCUUAGCAUUUCAAAAGCAUCCAAUGACCAGAGUACUUCAAAAGAUGAAGCCCUGCGUAUAUUGGAGAUUGCCAGCUUGGGCUUGAGUCGCAAUCGGGAUAUCACAUCCGUGAUAUUUGAUAUUUUCGAAGAAGAGCUCCAGAAACAAUCUACUAGUUUUGGAUCCGACGUACCGUUGGAAGUGCUCACCAGCUGCGUUCAAUUUAUACAUGCUUUGACUCCGUUCACUCCAGGACGUGUUUGGCCUCUCAUAGGCCGAAGUGGGCUCCUGGAUAUUCACCGUGGUGGUGGCAAACUGUCAAGCAUCGUAGGAAGUGUCGAGUUGGUCUCUGGGCGUUAUGAUUUCCUAUAUUCAUGCACUCGGUUACUCGAAGCUCUUGUGGAAGAUUUUGUAACCAAUGCACUUAAUAGGAAAUUCCGUUCAAAGGCUUCGGCUCGAUUUGUCAAUGGGGAAGUGACGGGGGCUGGAGUACCAGACCAAGUUCUUGCAAAGAUCCUGCUAUCAUUUACUCGAUACCUGGUCGAUGUUUUUGAAAGCUCCAGCACGUGGAAGUUUGUGGAACAAAACGACUGCAGGCGUCUGAGCAAGACCAUCGCCAAGACGUUUGACAGGAUCCUUCACUACGCCUACGGCCUCGAAAUCUCGGCAUCUACCUCGAAGGCUUCGGAAUCUAUUUCCAGUGUAUCCGAACCGAUGGCGAUGAUGGGGGCUUUGUUGCCAGCUGCGUCACAUAUCACUGACAGCUUUUUGUCAACCUCCUCCGGCACAUUGAGAUUCCAACCUCUUCUGCGAACAUUUUAUGAUGGCUUCAAUGCCCCAUAUUCCGCCUUGUUCUUCAACGAGAACCGCUUGUGCACAGAGCAAGUCACUGCUGUUUUGUCAUUUUCAAAAACUCUCUUGCGUGUCAGUGUCUUGCUUGACAGACCCACUUCUCAGCUUGAAAACCAGCUGUUCAAGGUAUCCCCGCUUCUUGCUCGUCUCUAUGCUGUCGAUGAUGGGUACCGAAUACCAGUAGUUGCCCUAUUCGAAAGCUUGAUUGUCAGUGCUUCAAAUAAUACUGCUGAACCCCCGUCGCUCCUGGGAAAUCUUGGUCCACGGAAUUCGAAGAACUUUCUUCAAGUACUAUCGGAUCUUGACAAGCCGCUAUCCCGAGAAGAUAACUAUCUCUCCAUCAUGCAUUUUGUAUCCAUGAUCGUGAGCAGUCGACAGCAAUGGUUUGCGAAUUACCUUCUGACCGGCCGGUCGUCGAGAUCUGCGCUCGACGACAAAUCCAGUGGCAAGGAUUCAGGUGCAUUGGACAAACCGUUCUUGAACACAGCACUUGACACGCUUUCAGCUAUCAACGAUUUACCCAAACGCAAGGUCUUGGCCACACUUGAGUUUGUCACUCUAGCACAUAACUUUUGGCCCUGGGCUACUUAUGACUCUCAAAAGCACGCGGACUUCAUCAAAUCUAUCUCAGAAUUUGUUGGUACUCUGAAGCCAAUUCAACCUUCUACGACGUUGGAGGGUUCAAUGGAUUCUUGCUACCAAACACGAAUUGCUGCGUAUGCCGCCGAGAUCUUGGCGAUGCAUCUAUUUCAUUCGAGACAGACUGGGAAGUCAUCAGUGACGAAAGACCUAAUAUCAAAUAUUAGUUAUUUCACAAGGUUUGCUGUCGCCGUCCCAAACUACAAUUCGUCACUCCAUGCCAAUCUGAAACGCAAUUUCGAGUCUCGAUACUCUGGGUGUAAACUUGCGGAUUUUCAGAGAACGGGCUUGGAGACCCGUGAACUAGGCCGAGAUUAUUUCUACAGCCUCCUUUUGGCUGAUAAAAUGCUCUCCUUUGACCCAGCUUGGAGGAAACCUUCUGGCUUUGGAUCGGAAGUUGCAACUGCUAAUGUCAACCUGUCCCUCGUCGACGCGCAAAUUGCACUGCUCCAUAGCUGGAAGUACCUAGCUGCGGAGCUCAGCAGUAAUAUUGCAACCGAAGUUGAGCUGCAAAAGAUUUUAGCGAGAGUGGCAUGUGACUGCCUGGUCUCAAACAGAAGAAGUCAAGGAUCAGAGGAAGUCUUUAGAAGGCUGACUCAGACAAGAGCCGACUUGGCGCUCAUUCUUAUACAGCGCUUAUUGGAAGCUAGGUCUGCUGUCCCUGAGAUGCAGAAACUUCUUCCUACCAUUUGGGAAACAAUUCGUCAAUCAGACCUUACAUUCGACUUAGCCCUUAGUGCAGGCAAUGCGUCCUACUAUAGGUCUCUACUAAAAUUGCUCUUCCUUGGCCUUCGAGUUCAUGCGGAAAAUCAAGGCCAGCAGCAAAAUACAGAUGUUGACUUCCGCGCCUCGAUGCGGCUUGUUGAAAAGAAUGACACCAUUUCAAUUGUCCUCGACAUCCUUUACCGGGUAGUUGCAAAUGGCCUCCGCGAUCUUGCAGCUUUCAUCCACGAAAAGCCAGCAGAAUCAUCUCCCGCGGAUCUUGCCCUAAUCACAGCCAUCCUCCAAACAUGUCUACGUAUUCCAGGCAUCGACCUUUCCUACACUACGAUUGUCACGACGUUCGUGCAAAAUGAAACAGCACGAGUAGCGACUACUCUGUUCACUUGGUCGGACAGUCUAGCCAUAGACGGUGAUCCCAUAUAUGGCGAGCUCAGUAUCCUCUUCCUCCUUGAGCUCUCUACUGUACCAACUAUGGCUGAACAACUUGCUGUCGACGGCGUGCUUGGCCAUAUUGGGGCAGCGAACAUCACAUCGUAUCUCCGGCGCACAAAUGUGAGCCCGUUUGCUGAGGGCGCUGGAUUUCAACGUUGCUACAGCAUAUGGGUACGAGGCAUUCUUCCUCUACUGCUUAAUCUUCUUGAUGCAGUAGGGGCCUCCAUCGCUUCCGAAGUCGCCGUCUUUCUUAUGCAAUUCCCCAAUCUUCUUGAACAAGCCUCACAAGCUUUCGAUACACCGGAACUCUCACGAACCGUAACUCGAACUCAAACCAAAUACAUCACUUUGAGUAUUUGCUCUGAAAUCCAUACACUGUCUCUCAUAAUGUUCAUCCUUAAUGGAUAUCGAGAGUCGACGCCAGGCUUGGAGAUUCCGGAGGUGAAGUGGGACGCAGGUGCUGUGUUGGAGAAUGUGGAGUUUUGGCUAGGGUCCAGGACGGUGCUGAGGGAAAGGAUAUUGCCAAUGGGCGAUAAGGAUGUAUUGUUGUUCAAGAAGAAGGCUGAGGGUACGGAUGCGACCAAUCGAUUGGAAGAAAGGGUGGUAGGAGAGCUAUGCGGCAUCAGAGAUGUGCUUAGUGGUGGGGAGCCUUGAGAAUAUGGCCUUCAAUGACUUGUCUGGCGUUUAGGAAUGGGCUGAGAAAAGAUAUGGACAUUUGGCAAUUUCUGAGUAUUGGGGAUUGAGAUGUCAGAUAGGAGAUACCAUGAACUGAGAGCUGUUUGAUCACCUUGGCGUUUCCCCCUAUAUGACUUAUACGGUGUAGUCACGGUUUAUAUUCAAAGGACGGUUCAAUUUGAAUUACCGCCAGGAGACAGUGUCGGAAUCGC